AUGGGAUCGACGCGUCCAGCGCUCGGCGCGCACACUUCCCCGGCAUUGGCUCCAUCAACCACGGCCGCCAUCAAAUCGCAGCCCCGUCUUCAACCCUCACCGCUACCACUGCAGCCCAUUGAAAACUCAUUCCGGCCGUCUUCCCGUGGCCCGCACAGGCCAUCUCCGACAAAAGGACUGCCCACCCAGGGUGUGCAUCCCGGGCGAAAACUCGGUUUCGUCCCUAUCACUGCCCCGGCGCCUCCUAUGUUUACAACCGACUCUCCCACCAAGAAGCCUCCUUUUCCCAUCUACGCCCAGUCAUCCAUGCCCCAGUCGGCUCUCUUCACGACCUUCUCCAGUGUGAAUCCUGACUCGUCCAAGGAAAAUCAACAUCCGGAGGACCCGUCUCAUGGCAAUUUCGCCGACUUCCCUGAGCCAUCCUAUGAAUCAAAACUGCCGAUGAAGCGAACUCUUAUGGAAGCUGCUCCCCUCAAGGAGCGCUCAGUCAAGAAGCAGAAGCGCGAGGACGCACCUCUUCACUCACUGCCGGAACCGCACGAAAUGCCUGUCAUUGAAGAUGACGGCCACAAGCCGCCUUAUAGUUAUGCGACAUUGAUUGGCAUGUCCAUUCUUCGCGCACCCAACCGUCGCCUGACUUUGGCGCAGAUUUACAAAUGGAUUUCCGACACAUUCUCCUACUACAAGAACAGCGACGCGGGCUGGCAGAACAGUAUUCGGCACAAUCUCAGCUUGAACAAGGCAUUCAUCAAGCAGGAACGGCCUAAGGAUGAUCCCGGCAAGGGCAACUACUGGGCCAUUGAGCCUGGCAUGGAGAUGCAAUUUUUGAAAGACAAGCAAAUUACACGGAACGAAGACUUGUCAUCAGACGCGACAUUGCCGGCUUCUGAUCCCGCUCUGCAUGAUGACACAAGCGACGAGAACACACACCACCCUGUACACCAUCUUGCACCCCUCCGAUCAUCGCCUCCUCAAGCCAUUCGAUCCUCUCCUCCCAUUGCUCCUCCACGAUUCUCACGCCAGGGAACUCCUCCAACCCCGACUCACGCUGGUCCUACCCCAGCUCCGCGACCCCGGAAGCGCAAAUCGAUCACCAUCAAUGACAGUGGCUAUUUCUCAUCCCUUGAAUCUUCUGCUCUACGGCCAAAUAAGGCUGGCCAUAUUCUGACUUCUGAUUUGGACAUUGAGCCACCGCGUAUCAAACGUGGUCGCGCCGAGGAAGAGAUCGCGCGAAUUCGCAGUUCUUCUCAUGACAUCAGCCCCGGCCAGCCUGCUACUCGAAAGGAUGUUAGCACAUUAGUUGGCUCUUCACCACUUCGCGGGGAAUACGUGAGCAUGCUCCCGCCACCUCUGACACCGAUUAUCAAGUUCAAGAAACCUGCCAAGCCCCCGCCAUCUGUGUCGCCCAACACUAACCUCCGGAACCACCGCCGCAAGAUUCAGCAAAUGGUCAACUCUCCCAUCAAGCAUCUGGGUCUCACUGACGACGAUCUUCCCUGGAGUCCUGCAUUUAAACUUCAUGACGAGUCCUUCACCCCACAAGAUCAUUUUCUCACUACCUUCGAUGUCUUUGCCGAUUCAAGUGCGGACGCGCACAUCUCUUCCGCUGCGUAUGGUUCUCCUGAAAAGCGCUCCGCCAAGCGUACCCGGACUGACAGCGGUCCUACUGCCCUAACUGAUAUCACUUCGGUCAAUGUUAAUACGCGCUUGGGCAUGCCCAACCUAUCGCGAUCCAAGUCGUCCAUUUUUCCCGAAUCUCCCUCCAAGGUCCCGGAAACAAACCGCCUCGGUGAUACCAGCCAGGAUGACUUUUUCUCCUUCCAUCUCUUUGAUGAAAACAAUGACAGCCCUGGCGAGGUGGACGGCGUGGAUUUGCUGCAAGGAUUCCAGAAAAUCGGAGGCUCUAGCAAAGAUGACAGCUUGAAGCCGAAAACGAUUCAUUCACGUCCGCAUCUCGGCAACCGCAGCAACACUACCUUGUUCUGA